AUUGGAGGCAAAUAGCUCAUCAGCCACCUUCACAAAUUCUUAAGCUCAACUGCUCACUUAACUACAAGAUUUUCCAAAACAUGGCCUUCAAACCAUGUUCCUCUAAUAAUAUUGCUCUUUUCUUCACACUCAACCUCCUCUUCUUUGCACUUGUCUCUGGAUGUGGCUACAAAUGCCCUAACCCUAAACCUAAGCCGAAUCCAAACCCUAACCCUAAUAAUCCAAAUCCCAACCCCAACAACCCAAAUAAUCCCAAUCCUAACCCCAAUAAUCCAAACCCCAAUCCCAACCCCAACAAUCCAAACCCUAACCCUAACCCAAACAACCCUAACAAUAACAUGACAUGCCCACGCGACGCGCUCAAAUUGGGCAUAUGCGCCAAUGUGCUGAGCGGUUUGUUGAACAUAACUUUGGGUCAGCCGCCGGUGACCCCCUGCUGCUCCCUCCUCAGCGGUCUCGUCGAUCUCGAAGCCGCAAUUUGCCUUUGCACGGCGCUUAGAGGAAACAUCCUUGGCAUUAACAUCAACCUUCCAAUCUCCCUUAGCCUGCUUCUGAAUGUCUGCUCAAGGCAAGUGCCACGUGGCUUCCAGUGUUCCUAAGCACAAAUAAUAACUAUUAUACUUAUGUGAGAAGGUGAAAACUCAGGUGCAGUCAACUUCAUGUAAAGUGGAAAACUGAGAGUCGUUAAAUAAUUUGACUGAUUUGACUAAAUUUUAAUCUAACGGCUCUCAACUAUCAACUUUAUGUGAAAUCGACUGCACCUAAGUUUCCACCAAGAAUUACACUAAAAUAAUUUAAUUAAUGAAUAAGUAAUCGCUAAAAAUAAUAAAUUCAAAUUAGCAUUUCUCUACUUAUGUAUCAUAUCAUGUCCUUGACAUACACAAUAGUAUUUACUUGGUGAUGUAUUUAUGGUAGUGUGGUGUGGUGUGUAUUAAUUAUUCUUAUUAUUGUAUUACGACGUUGUACGUGCAUGGAUGGUUAACCUUUCGUUAUCAUCACUUCAUUUCAGUACUUUCCAGUCAUUGUAUCAUGAACACUGAAUAAAUUUCCUCCAGUCAUCAUUGUGUUGGAGGGACCCAAAUGUUUGAUGUACUUUAAUUUAUAGUAUUGUUAUUUAAUAAAAUGAUUGAAGAAUGUUACGUAUAA